AUGACUAAAAAAUCUAUCAACUGUGCAAAACGUCAAAACUAUGUCAUAACUAUUGAAAGAUUUAAUUUUUCAGGCGUUAGGAUUACCAAUAAGUCUACUAAUAGUAUUAAGUGUUUUUAUAGUGUAAUUCAACGAAAAGACAAUAAAGACAAAGCACUGGUAUAUACGCCUACCGUUUCCAUUGGUGUCAAUGAUGUUACAUAUUUUCCCAUUAAUGUUAGCCUUAUUAAUGUUACCUGUUAUGUGGAUAAAUGGCAUAAUAAAAUUUACAGUAAAGUUAUUGCAUUGAUACCGGACCUCAAUAUAACAGAUAAUACAAAACAAAUGCCAAAUAUUUUAUUUGUUGGCUUAGACUCUAUUUCGCGGAUCAACUUUGAGAGACAUUUCCCUAAAACUAAACCGUUGUUAACGAAACACAAUUUCUAUACAUUGUAUGGCUAUAAUAAAGUGGCCGACAAUACGUUUCCCAAUUUGAUGCCACUGUUAACUGGCAAAUACAUAAGCGAAAUAAUUAAAAACAAAUUAAGUUACUUUGAUUAUUAUCCGUUUAUUUGGAAAGAGUAUAGAAAUAAAAGUUACAAUACAUUGUUUAUAGAAGACUUACCGAAGUAUCAAAUGUUUAAUUAUUUGCGAAAAGGGUUUCUCAAACCGCCAACCGAUUACUAUUUACGGCCCUUUAGUUUGGCCAUUGAGUCAAAUAUUCGCAACUAUUGUUAUUUUGAUAAAUCAGAAGUAGAGACAUACUAUGAUUACAUUUAUGAUUUUGUAAAAGCAAUGACUGUCCGAAAACAACGAUACUUUGCAUUCACUUUUCUGGCCCGACUCACACACGAUGUGUUCAAUAAUGCCGGUUUGGCCGACCCAUUGGUUUACCGGUUAUUUAGAAAAUUGUUUGACGAAAACCUAUUGUCCAAUACAAUACUCAUAUUUUUCUCAGAUCACGGCAUACGGUUCGGCAAAAUCAGGGAAACCCAGUCAGGAAAAUGGGAAGAACGUAUGCCUAUGAUGCACAUACAUGUGCCCGAUAGAUAUCGAUCGGAAAACUGGACACUCAAUAAGCACCGAUUGGUUACACCAUUUGAUAUACACGCCACACUCAAACACAUAGUCAAUGGACAACCGGACAACAGUCUGAAACACGGAAAGUCGUUAUUAUGGGAAAUACCUGAGAACAGGACCUGCAGUAGUAUUCCUAUUCUCGAGCACUGGUGUUCGUGUCAGUCAAGUCAACCGAUUGACAAUCUUAAGGACGUCCAACCGGUCGCACAGUUUAUUGUCAACAGUGUUAACCAAUAUUUGAGCAAAAACUUUAGCCAAAUGUGUGCUAAACUAUCCCUAAACCGUACGAUCAGUGCAUAUCGGAUAAAGUUUUCGGAAAAAGUUAUUGAAUAUCAACAAAAUUUGAUCAAUAAUAAUAUGUCUCACAAUAUAUUGGUUACGGUUUCGGUUAAACCGAGUGAUGCCUUGUUUGAGGCAACAGUUAAUGUCAACCAAAAUAGCAAUAAAAUGACAUUAAUCGGUGAAGUUUCACGUAUUAACAAAUAUGGCAAUCAAUCGACGUGUAUAACCUCUGCUGAAGCACAAAGAUAUUCUGACGCUGAUAUAAAUCUGGACUCAAUUACAUCACAUUGUAUUUUAUACAGUCAUUAA